AUGGUUCUUCAACGUAUGAGAGCUACUUCUUAUCUACGGCGUACAAUGUCAGAUCCAUUUUCACGUCGUAGAACAACCUUACCUUAUAUUGUUGGAAUAUUUAGUCAGCAAAACGACUUAUAUAAACACUUAAUUAAUACAAGUAAAAAUAAAAAUGUGUUCAAAGAGACAAAAAUACCUAACUACACAUGGAAAUCCGACGCAAUCGCAAUUUUAGACAUUUUUUUUACAAAACUGAAUAUAUUUUUUUUAUUUGUUCCUUUUGGUGUUUUAAGUUAUUAUUUAGAAUGGGGUCCUCUGGCUACAUUUUGGUUCAAUUUUAUUGCCCUAAUCCCUCUUGCAAACCUUCUUGGAAUUUUUACGGAGGAAUUAGCAUUACAUACAGGUGAAGUGGUUGGUGGUCUUUUAAAUGCAACAUUUGGGAAUGCAGUUGAGGCUAUUUUAACAGUUCAGGGAAUUAGAGCAGGACUAAUCACAGUUGUUCAAGGCACACUAUUAGGUUCAAUACUUUCUAACCUACUACUUGUUCUUGGAAUGUCUUUUUUUGCAGGUGGUCUGUUUCACCAUGUUCAGAAGUUCAAUGAAAAGGGUGCCUCGUUUUCUACAUCUUUGCUUAUGUUGUCAUGCAUGGCAAUUUCAAUACCCACAAUUGUUGCUCAAUUUGACCUUCCACAACAUAAUAUUCUCAUGAUUUCAAGGUUAACUGCACUUUUACUUUCAUUCACUUAUGUUUUGUUUUUGUUCUUUCAAUUAUACACUCACAUUAAUCUAUUUAGAGAUGAAAGUAUUGCAUCAAUUGACAAAACGUACUCUUCCUAUGUAAUUGAUAACGUCAACUCAGUCAAACACACGAACAUACGCUCCGAUAUCGAGGCAUAUAAUAACAUGUACAAGAAUUACCCCGUGGUUUCCCCAAAUUUCAAUAACUGCCAAUUAUACGAUGUUUGCCUUGAAUUACCUACGAUUUCAUGGCAAAUUGGAACUAUUCUAAUAUUAUUGUGUACUGUUCUUAUAUCUAUUAUAAGCGAAUGCCUCAUUGACUCAAUUAAUGGAUUCAUUUCAGAGUGGCGAUUCUCUGAAAACUUUAUUGGAGUAAUUUUACUUCCACUCGUUGGAAAUGCUGCCGAACACAUUACAGCAGUAUCAGUUGCAAUCAAAAAUAAAACCGAUUUGACAAUUGGAGUAGCAGUUGGAAGUUCAACUCAAAUUGCUCUCUUCGUUGUUCCUUUCAGUGUAAUUGUCGGUUGGCUACUAGGAAAGCCAAUGACACUUUCAUUUACCCCAGUUUCCGCGAUCAUUUUAUUACUCACAAAUCUCAUCGUAAUUGGAAUUGUCCAGGAUGGGGAAUCAAAUUGGUUUGAAGGUAUUUUGUUAAUUGUCAGCUAUUGCAUUGUUGCUGUUUUAUAUUGGUAUAUUUAA